AUGGAACGGGCAAAGAAGUACAUAACAUUGAGUAUCGAGAGGCAGUGUAGCGAAAGCGAAGACAGAGAACUGAGCACAACGCCGGCGGGUCACGGGCUUCGAUCGAGGACGAGGGAUUUGUUCGCUCGCCCAUUCAGGAAGAAGGGUUACAUCCCGCUCUCUACAUAUCUGAGGACCUACAAGAUUGGGGAUUACAUCGACGUCAAGGUUAACGGCGCCGUUCACAAGGGCAUGCCCCACAAGUUCUACCAUGGCCGCACCGGUAGCAUUUUGAACGUCACCAAGCGUGCCGUUGGCGUCGAAAUCAACAAGCAGGUUGGGAACAGGAUAAUCAAGAAGAGGAUACAUGUACGGGUGGAACAUAUUCAGCCAUCAAUGUGUAGGGAGGACUUCAAACUGAGAAGAAUCCAGAAUGAUGAGCUGAAGGCAGGGGCAAAAGCUCGUGGAGAAAAAAUCAGCACAAAGAGACAACCUGAAGGACCCAAGCCCGGGUUUAUGGUUGCCGGUGCUACCCUGGAGACAUUCACUCCCAUUCCGUAUGAUGUGCUAUUGAGCAGUGAUUUUGCUGUUAAAGAUCUCGGCACUUUACACUAUUUUCUUGGCAUUGAAGUUAUACCAGUGAAGGAUGGUCUCUUACUCUCUCAGAAGCGCUACAUUCAGGAUUUACUUUCCAAAACCAAUAUGAUCGAAGCAAAACUAGUCUCAUCUCCCAUGGCAUCUUCUUCGACAUUAUAUGCUUUCACAGGUGAUCCUAUGGAAGACCCCACAUUAUAUGGAACUGUUGUUGGUUCCCUUCAGUACUUAUCUCUUACACGCCCAGACUUGGCGUUUACUGUAACUCUGUAAGUCAUGUAUGCCAGUUUAUGCAUCGUCCAACCAAGCUCCAUUGGCAAGCUAUAAAGUGUAUUCUUCGAUACCUCAAAUAUACCAUCUCUCAUGGUUUACUUUUGCACAAGACUUCAUCAAAUUCUCUACAAGCCUACUCGGAUGCUGACUGGGUAGGAUGCUCUGAUGAUCGACGUUCAACCGGUGCUUAUUGUAUUUACCUUGGUUCCAACUUAAUUUCAUGGAGUUCUCGUAAGCAACCUAAUGUCUCAAGGUCUUCAACAGAUGCUGAGUAUAAGUCUGUUGCUAACGCGGUUGCAAAGUUGCUCUGGAUUUGUUCUCUUCUUAAAGAACUUCGUCUUACACUGUCUGGUCCACCGAAGAUAUGGUGUGAUAAUAUUGGAGCAACUUACUUGUCUAUCAAUCCUAUUUUUCAUGCUCGCACCAAACAUGUAGCUAUUGACUUCCAUUUUGUCCAAGAGUUGGUUGCAUCCAAGGACCUAGAGAUUUUAUUUGUUCCAAGUGCUGAUCAAAUUGUAGAUGUAUUAACUAAACCACUUGUUUCUAGAAGAUUUCGUCAUCUGUCUUACAAGCUCAACGUCUGCUCACUCCCGUUGAACUUGAGGGAGG